AUGGGCAUGCAUUGUGGUCAUGCAUUGUCGUGCAUGCCCACUCCAGGCAUGUUUGACGCCAGGAACAGUGAAGAGGAAACAGUUAAAGAUAUCGUCCAGUGCAUGUCUUAUGCUUCUCCUGGACCUCAUAUGUUCCUGGUUGUCAUCAGACUGGGCAGAUUCACAGAGGAAGAAAAGAAGACUGUGCAGAAGAUUCAGGGAAUUUUGGGAGAGGAAGCCAACAAACACAGCAUGGCUCUCUUUACCCAUGGUGACCUGCUCAGAGACAAAGGUGGAGGAUUGUUCUCAGGGGAGGUAGAGACAGAGAUGCACUUCCACCUCCACUGUGAGAAGUUCUCUUCAGUAAAAGACUUCUACUACGGAAAAAUAGCCAAGAAAAUACCAAACUUCCUAACGUUAUCCCCAGAGGACAAACUGGCAGUUCUCCUGGGUGGAGAGAGUAGCACUGGUGCCACAGUAGAACAGACACCCGAUACUUCAGAGCAACCUGCAGUCUUCAGGUCUACACCUCCCACAGCCUCCAACAAUAAUGAGCGGAUCAGGAUUGUGAUGGUGGGGAAGACUGGAGCUGGGAAGAGCGCCACAGGAAACACCAUUCUGGGACAAAAGAAAUUUAAAUCUGAGUUCUCUGCUGAAUCUUUCACUGAAAUCUGUAAAAAGGCUUGUGGUGAGGUGGAUGGACAAAAGGUUGCUGUUAUCGACACUCCAGGCCUGUUUGACACCAGGAACACUGAAGAGAAAACGGUUCAAGAUAUUGCCCAGUGCAUUUCUUAUGCUUCACCUGGACCUCAUAUCUUCCUGAUUGUCAUCAAACUGGGCAGAUUCACAGAGGAAGAAAAGCAGACGGUGCAGAAGAUUCAGAAAAUCUUUGGUGAGGAAGCCAACAAAUACAGCAUGGUUCUCUUUACCCAUGGUGACCAACUCAAAGGGAAACCUAUUGAGGAGUUCUUGAAGGGCAGCAAAGAUCUGCAGGAACUUGUGGCCAAAUGUAACGGCCAGUACCACGUGUUCAAUAAUGAGGUGGAGGAUCGUUCUCAGGUCAGUGAGUUGCUCCAGAAGAUCAAAAGUAUAACAGAGAAGAAUGGAGGAAAUCAUUACACCUCUGAAAUGUUCCAGGCCGCAGAGAGAGCAAUUGAAGAGGAGAAACAAAGAAUCCUUAAAGAGAAAGAAGAGCAAAUGUGCAAAGAGCAGGAGGAACUGAGGAAGGAAAUAGAGGAAAAGUAUGAGCUACAGAUAAGGGAGCAGAAAGCUGACACAGAGAGGCAGAAUCAAUUGAGGGAUGAUCUCUUCAACAAUAAUGAGCUGAUCAGGAUUGUGUUGGUGGGGAAGACUGGAGCUGGGAAGAGCGCCACAGGAAACACCAUUCUGGGACAAAAGUGCUUUAAAUCAGAAUUCUCCGCUCACAAAACGCUGUGA